CAAGAGUACAUGGGCAGUGCGGUGCCGACUCUUGCUGCCGCGGUUACAGAUUCCGCGCUGUGUGUGUGUGCGCGCGUGUUUACACGACGAGAAAGAGAGAGAGAGGAGAAAGAGAAGGAGAGUUUGCGCCGCGGAGGCGAGGGCAGGAGAGAUUUCCGAAAGAAAGAGAGAGGACAGAAUUCGGAACAACGGAAAGGACGAGAAAGAGAAACGCAAAAAGCAGCGAGCAGGUUGUGCGAGUCAUCCGCGAAACACGGUACGUGUCACGCGUGGUCGUGCCGAGUACGUCUCCUCCUCGACGAGAGGUUCGUGCGCGCAGCACCGCAAAUACAUGCUCUCUAUUCGACUCGCUCGUGACUCUCGAGGAAUACCGCGAGUCAUCCGGAACGCGGUAGCGGCUGUCAGAGCGACGGAGAAGGCGUGCGAGCGAACGUCGCGCGUCGACGCGACCGGCACGCACACACCGCGAGGGAAGCGCGAGCGAUAACGCGCGCCUGCCACCCUCGCGCGGCUGCCUUUAACGGGGCGUGGGUGCAUCAUACCGCGUCGCAACACACCACACCGCACCGUACCGCAUCGUAUCGCAUCAUAUCGUAUUGGCAGUGGUGCGGCGAGACGGCGGGCAGUGCGCGUAAUUCAAAAGGUGCGCGCGGCGGCUGUGGCGAGAACAUGACAGACGACACGGAGUGCGCGAAUUCGAGGCGGCACCGCGUCGUGGUCGAAGGGACGAUAAUAUAAACAGUGGCGAUACAAGAACAGCAAAAAGGGAAGGAGAACGAGAGGAGGCGUGCGGGGGCGAAGAGAUCGUAGAUAGAAAAGAAGGAGGACCGUUUCGAAAAAAAAGAAAGUUCCCAAACAGAGGUAUAUCCGCGCGGCCAGUGAUCCCGUGAGUGCGGCUCGGCUCGCGUGUUGCGCGCGCGAGAGUGCGUCCGCGCCUCCAGUAGUGAGUGUGUGUGAGUGCGAGGGCCAGGCCGCGCGCGAGUGGACCCCGAAGAGGAGAGGAGAGGAAAGGAGAGAAGAAGAGAGGAGAGGAGAGAGAGAGAGAGAGAGAGAGAGAACAGAGCAGACUUUCGCGGCUUCCGGCCUGUCGGCGCGGAGGCGGCUCGGCUUGGCGGACGCGAUUCAACGAAGAGAGAAUGCUGGUAACGUCGCCGACGGUCGUUACGACGAGAGCAACGAUGACGACCUCGCGGGGCCUCGACUAAAUCGAGUCCUCGGUAAACCGAGAAAGUGAGAGAGAGACUUCUCCUCGCGUGGCGCGCCGCAUCUUCGGCGACGUCGAUUCCAUCGCCGCGACGGCGGCAACGACGAUCGUCGUCGUGCUGCUGGCCGCGGCGUGCAACGCACACGGCGGUGGCGCGGAUUGUUAAUCAGGUGUUGCACCAGUCGGGUUGUUGGCGAAACGCGCGACUUCGGCGGAUCCGUGCGUUCGAGUGCCGACGGCACGUUUCCAGUUCGUCGCCGUCGGUGAGCUGCGAGAGCGCACUGCCCGGAAGGCACGCAAUUUCUCGGUGAAAAAGGGUUUGAUCCGAGUACUCGAGCGAAGGGUCUCGCCAGAUUGGAGCUCCCAGGGUUCGACAACAACGACAACGACGACGACGGUGCCUUGUCAGUUCGGACGCGAAUGACGGCGUAUCUGGACAACUGAUGACUGUACUCUAGCGACCGUCGUCACUAAAGACUGGAUAUCGCGUCCCGUGACUGUAUUCGCUAUCCCAGCAAUUGUCUACGCGAGGCAGAGGAAGGAUAUCAUUUGCGUCCGCUCUCGCAGUCGCUAAUCGGGAGGAGGCACGCGGGGAGGAAGUCGCCGUGGAGUCGCCAGUCGCGCCGGUUCGUGACUAUUCGCGAUCGUCGUAAUCACGCGUCCGGGCGACUUCGCUCGGGUGCCAGGCCCGUGAUCCUGAUAAUCGUCCACGAAGGAUCUCGAAGCCGUGGGUGUAUCGAUCCUGGGGUUGUAACGUGGGACGCGCCGAAGGCUCCUUCGCCAUCUCGUAUUCCACAGGAGGAUUAUUACCCGGACCCGUCUCUAUCCCUCGUGAACGACCAGCCGACGGGCGAGAAGGAGCGAGCGUCCUGGGUGAUCGCCGGUGGACCCGAGCGAGAGUAGAGGAACGACGUCGAGCGUGCGACGUCGCGACGGCCGACGGCCGACGGCGGGUGCAAUUCUCUAGUCUGACAACACGGACGACAACAGCCCCGGAAUGCAGGUGGCAACGCUGUUCAGGGAGAGCGCUACCCUGCUGGGCGCCUCCAGCCUGGACCCCCCGCAGACUCACCAUCACCAGGGUAUGCAUCAGCCCCAGCCACAACAGCAACAACAGCAGCAGCACCAGCAGAUGCAGCAACAGCACGCCACCGACAUGCACCUCGUCGGUCACCAUAUGCAGCACCACUACAAGAUGUAUCCGUCACCGGUGCAGAAUGGAGGACCAAACGGCACGACGACGAUGAGCUGCGCAAGUUCUCAAGGGGUGAUGGUGAAGCAGGAGGCGAGGGACGACGGUUACGAGACGAGUCCGGACCUCGAGAUGAGGAGCACCGGCGGUGACAGCAGUCAGCAGUAUCACACGCCGCUGACACCACACACGCCGCACACACCGCACACGCCGCACACGCCCCUGACGCCGAUAUCGGCGACAGCGCAUCAACCCCAGCAACCGGGCUCGACCGCCUCCGCCCUCGGACAGGUCGCGAUAAAAUGCGAGACACCGGUGGACCCAUACUCGUUCGUGGAAGAGGAGAUGUCGAUGAGCGGCAUGAGGACGGCGAGCAGUCCAGGCGGUGGCGGCGGCGGUGGCAAUCCCGAGAACAUGACGUGUCCGGGCGGUGCCCAACCUGGGCUGGGUACACCCACGUCGACGCCGCCCGGGGCGCUGCCCGGGCCGCAACAUCAUCAGAUGAAUCUCGUGAUGAAUGGCGCCGCCAGCGUCAAUCCCCAGCUGGCGCAUCAGCCGAAGAAGCGCGGCCGCAAAAAAAAGUCAGAGAUGAUACUCACCCCUGAGGAAGCGGAGCUCGCGGAGGCCAAGAAGCGCGCGAAGACGUACAAAGAGAGGAAGAAGCACGACAGGUUCGACGGCAUGCCGGAAGAGGAAGUCAGCAAGCGCGUCCUACCGGAUCAUCUCACCAACAACCUUGACAUUAUCAUAAUUGGUAUCAAUCCCGGAUUGUUUGCGGCUUAUAAGGGGCAUCACUACGCUGGACCCGGGAAUCAUUUCUGGAAAUGCCUACACCUAAGCGGUCUCACGCCCGAACCACUGACAGCGGACGACGAUUACAAGCUCCUGCGUCUCGGCAUCGGCUUCACAAAUAUGGUAGCACGUGCGACGAAAGGCAGCGCGGAUCUCACGAGAAAAGAGAUUAAAGAAGGUAGCCACGUUCUGCUUGAGAAAUUACGAAAGUAUAAGCCAAAAAUCGCGGUGUUCAACGGCAAACUUAUAUACGAGGUGUUUUCGGGCAAAAAAGAGUUCGGAUUCGGGAGACAGCCAAGCCUGGUCGACGGCACAAAUACGUACAUGUGGGUGAUGCCUUCGAGCAGCGCGAGGUGUGCUCAAUUACCUCGGGCUGCCGACAAGGUGCCAUACUACGCGGCAUUGAAAAAGUUCCGCGAUUACCUGAACGGUACAAUCUCUCAUCUGGACGAGUCGGACAUUGUCUUCGCCGACUCCAAGCUCAAGAAGAAGGAGCACGAGCCGAUAGAGGACAAGAAGCCGGUGUUUACCGACGAUCUGCCCGACGGCGAAAAUCGAAUCACGGAGAUCAACGGGGUAAAACAGGAGUCGGGUUUAAUACCCGGCAAGAAGAAGCGGGGGAGACCGAAGAAGAUCAAGAAUCCGGAGGAUCAACCAGUGCCGGAUCCCGAAAAGCUGGACGCGAAUGGCGAGGUAAUCAAGAAGCGUCGAGGUCGCCCGAAGAAGAUUCACCAGCAGCAGAAGCAGCUAGAGAGGGAAAAUCGCGAGCGGGAGCAGCAGCAACAACAGCAACAUCAGCAUCAGAUGGGUCACUUGAACGACGGUUAUGGGAACGCGGUAACGAAUUGCUUCUCGUCGCCGCUUAUGUCACCACCGAAACCGUUCCCGCAUAUGGCACCAUAUCCGCAGCCGAUGAACGACGCCGGCUUCUACGGCCAGGGCAUGAAUGACAACAGUCCGUAUAACAUGAGCGCAAAACAGAGCCCGGUGCAUCUACAGUCCCAGCAUUACACAGUCCCAAGUCACAGUCCCAAGUCCAUAUCGCUGUCGUUUACGCAUUCAGACCUCUCGUCGGAGAUUAAUACUGCGAUUUCGUCGGAGAACAACUUGGAACCAUCGCCGCUCACGUCGCCUAGCGUCGAGCAUCCGGACUUUGAACCACCCACCAGCAUGUCGCAACAGAACCUGGGUAACGACCAUCGCCAGUACAAUCCGGCUGGCGGGCCUGAUCCUGCUGGCCACCAUGGCAGUCCCGGCACGCCGUCACAUAAUAGUUACGUGGGUGGUUACAUGGGCUAUCACGAGCAGGCACCAGAUGCGCACAAUCCACAUCCGCAUCAGGCGACGUCCACUCCCCUCAGCCAGAGCGCCGAGGAUCAUUCGCAUCACUCGCACCCGACGCCACCGCAUCCGCAUACGCCCACCCACACGGCCAUGUCUCCGCAUCACCCGCACGAACAGUAUGGUAUCAAGAGGAACAGCCAAGAUGUGGCGUCCAAGAGUUUGAGCGACCUUGAAUCACUGGUGGACCAGAUCCCGAGCAUAGCUGACGGCGGCUCGCAGCGCCUACAACACGCGCAUCCAGGAAUGCCCGGCGACGAUAGUCUCGCGGAGAAAAUGGACGCCCACCAUCAGUCCUACAUGUCCGGUUUCGGCGGCAUGCCAGCCGGUCCAACCGGCAUGACCAACUAUAGCCCUCCAUUGCCACCAGGCGGUGGUAUCUACCCUGGCGCUUUGCAUCACUCACCCAGUGACACAGGCUACGGCAGCUUGUACGUCAUGAACGGUCGUCAUCAUCAAGACUCUCAACAGCAGCAGCAACAACAACAGCAGCAGCAACAUCAACAGCAGCAGCAACAGCAGCAGCAGCAACAGCACAGCAAAUCUUAUACCGUGGAGAACCUUGCGUCCAGCAACUACACACCCAGCAUGAACCACGGCCAUCCCGGUAACUCGUACCCGAACAUCAUACCCGGGCCGCACUAUCCGGUGCCGAUGGGCUCGACCAACGGUUAUUUGUUCGGCGGCCUCGAGUCCAGCCUGAUGCAGCGUACCUACGGAAUCAGCGGCAUGAGCGGCAUGGGCGGCAUGCACCCGUCCGCUGCACUGGGUCACCCGAUGGCGGCGAACCCGUACCCGUACAACGGCUCGUACUCGAGCUCGUUUGACGCUUACCCGGCGCCACCGGCAGGUAUACACGCGCCCAGCGCCAAUUACCCCGGCUAUGUCGGCACGGCUGGCGCGGCGCCCAGCACCACCACCUCGCCGCCGUCCUACCUCGCACCGUCGCACCAUAGACCGCCGGUCGACCUCUCUUACGACGGCGUAUGAUAAUCGAUGUGAAGCGCCGUCGUUCUUCUCUAUUUUCGUUUCUCUCUUGUGUUUUCUUUCUCUUUCUCUCUUUAUCUUUCAUCAUCGCCCGCUCAUCAUCACCAUCCGAUCCCCAAGAACAGGAACAGUCCCCGAUUCGCGCCGCCUGCCGAUCGCCUCCUGCGCGCGCGAGCGACGCGCGCCGCCGCGUUUAUCUUUUCUACGUAUUUUUACAUACACGUCUCUCACACACGCAAGGCUCUCGACGUCGGGGGCACCGUAGCGCGUCGUCUCCUCGUCGUACCCUCGUCUUCACCCUUGCUCGAUCGCUCGUGUAUUCUACCCCCCGCGACGAGUUACUUCCGCGAGCGCUUUGCGCGCGCGUUCUCAUUCUCACCCUUCGCUGAUGAUCUGUCUCCGUCUCGCGUGCUCUUUUCUCUCUCUCCUCCGUCUGGCUCUACACAUGUAGGGUGUCCCAGAAUCCGUGAAACAGAUGAACGGACAGACUUAUUUCUCGCGAAAAUCGAAAUCAAAUUUUCCUUGCUCAAAAUAUUGGAACGACAAGCAAUUGAAUAACAAGAAUUACUUGUUUGUUAUUCAGUCUAGACACGAAAUCUGAAGCUUAAUUCUCAAAAUUUUAGACUCUGAAAUUUGAGAAAUUGUUCCGCACAAUCUUUGUUACAUAAAAAUUUCGUGAUACAAUAUUGUCCAUUUAGAUGCAUAUGCAUUUUGGGGCAUCGUUAGCAGCUAUUGUGUCUCUUGUUUCGACACUCUUCUCGCUUGUUCUCUCUCUCCUUUCUCUGCUUCUACUUCGUCACGCCGUUUCUCUCAUGCAUUCUCCUUUUUUUUAUCUUGCUCUCGAUAUGCGAUUACGCCGUGAGUAAUUACGGGCGCGCGGCUCGGGAAACGGGAAACUGCUCGUGAAACGCGACCAUGGCGCACGCAACGAAUGAGAAACAUAAGUCCUUUGCUAGAUUAGCUUCGUCGAUCGCGUUCUGCACCGAUCCGACCGUUAAAAUACACACACACACACACACACACACACAAUCACAUGGAUGUACGCGCGUGGGCACGCACACUGAUAACGGUGACGAUAAAUGACCUUAACGCCCAGCAGAGCCAAUUACUAAUUCGGCCAACGUAGCUGAGGUCAGCCGGGCGUGUAAUUGCCCUGUUCCCCUUUUUCCUCCAUUGAUCAGGUGACAUCAAUCAUCGCCGAUUAUCACAAACAUACCUGCAAACUUCACCCCGGAAACUAUGUCACAUUUUGAGCGGCACUCGCGAUCGCGAUCGAGAUGGUACAGAGAGCGAAGAUAACAUGCUGGAUAUCUUGCUGAAUAUCUGGACGAAUUUGCGAUUGCAAAGCUGCCCUCGAAAAUCGAUAGCAAAUAAACCGAUAGUAAACCACAAUUUACGUCGGAUUUACGUCGCCAAUGCAUCUGUGGAGUGAAGCGCGAAGCCCGAGAAAGAUCACCAGAUGUUAAAACGGACGUAAUCUCGAUGGGUUCAGAUGUCGAUGCUAUAUGAACACCAAACGAUCUCUACGUUUGUUGAGCGAUUGGUUGAUUGAUGCACGUGUGUGACGGGACGUGAACGCGCGAUACGUGCACCAAUCAAGUCCAUUAAUCGAUGAUGAUGAAACAGUAAUAAUGGUAUAGACAGAUAAUGAUGAUGAGAUUAAUGUAAGAUGCACUUUUCCGUAUCUAUCGCACCCCAAGACGGAGCUCACCGAAAUUAUGCCGGUUUUGUCUCUGCGAGGAAUCUCUCGAUCGUAACGAUUGGAACGACGAUACCGUUUAUUUAAGUAUGCGUUUGUAUACCGCACUGCGAUUGUAUUAACUGUUGCCUUGUUAUCGUUGUUAUUAUACUGUAUCGCGCGCGUUUGAUUGAUGCGCUCUCUCUUUAAGCGAAUCGUUUUUAUCUUAAUCUUAAUGUCCGAGAGACUAUCGAUUUUAUUUUACGUGAUGUAUGUAUAGUAUUAUAUUUGGAACGAAAGAGAUGUUCGCACGAUUUUUCAGAUUCACUCGUUAUUGAUCGCGUGCGUCUUAAGUGAUCCUCUUGGUGCCAGUUAUGAUUUUUUUAUUGUCGACUAACUAAUCUAUCUAGUACAUGACUGCUUUCUUAGCCACUAAGAUGUCUAUUUUAUUACACACAAAACAUUAUGACCAAAUUGUAAUGAUGAAAAUUUAUAAUGAUAUGAGAAACGAUACAUAUGCGGUGCGUGCGUGCGUGUGUGUGUGUGUGUGUGUGUGUGUGUGUGUGUGUGUGUGUGUGUGUGUGUGUGUGCGCGCAACGUAUUUUACUAAUAGUAAAGUAACUGGAAACACUCGGAAGAAAAGAUUACAAAACAAUCACCUGUUACGAUCAACCGUUGUCGACAUAGUGCAAUACAAUAUCAACGAUAAAUGACUCGUUCUCUUUUCGAAUGUGUGCUUAGACCGAGCUUAAGCAAAUUCCGAAAACUUUGCGUUCACGAGAAAUUUUAUGUAAUUAGAAUUCGUUAAGUCGUGCCGUAAUGACACACUGUAUCGUCGAUGUACAGCAAAUUAUUUUACACAGAAUAUAUAUAUAUAUAUAUAUAUAUACAUAUAUAUAUAUACAUACACACACACACACACACACACACAAGUAAUAAGUACGCGAAAAAUUGUGAACUGCGCAAUUAAAAUCACGAAACCCGAAUUGUAAAAUCGUCGCAUCUUUACAUAAAUCGCCUACUAAUCCGCGUUUGUCAUCGCAGCGGCGACACAGGUCAAGAACGCGAUCAUCGAUCAAUCGCCCGUAUAUUUUUGCGCACGGAGCACCGUCGGUUAUUUUUAAUCCGAAUCGUUCUGACCCGAACCGGAUGUUUAUAUUCCUAUGAAUAAUAGACACGUCAUUAUUUAUUUCAGUUGUAUGUCACUCUCAGUGCGACACACUGAUCUAUCGAUCUGAAUAUUCAAAUUUUCGAUUUUGUCCGAGGACACCCGUCGAGUAAUUAUUCCGAUGGACAUCGCAUUUUCCCGUUGUCGGCGAAAAGAAGAAACGGACGUAGGAAAUAUUACCGAACUGCGAAGCCGCGCACCGCAAUCGCGCCCGCCGCUUUAUGAGUUUCGUGAGCUUUUUUAACAGAGUAAAUAUUAAUCGUUAUCGUCAUUGUAUCGUUAAGAUUAUUGCACAUAGUAAGGAGAAGCUUGAGCCCGAUUGCGCCGGUGCUAAUCUGCCUCAAUCGUGGCACGGCUGCUUCCAUCAACAUUGGUUGCAGCACUUAACCGUGGUUUAAUCCACAUCCGAUCAAACUAUUUUUCGAUCACAUUUAAACUAACGAGGAACGAAGAACAUAUGAGAAAAAAAACGUAUCGUACGAUGAAAAGUUGCGUCGACAUUUCGCUUUCGGACAUUUGUACAUCAAAAUUUCUACAUACGUACGUUUGCAUUGCCUGCGGAUCAGAGAUUAACGUUCUCAUCUCUCUCGGAAGGAGAUGGACACUCGAUUAAACUAAGGUUGACGUGAAUCGACGUUGAUUGAACCGGCCUCGACGCGUGCGGGACGGAAUUCGCGGAUGAUUGACCGAAUUAUAACUCGAAUCUAGAAAUACGGGAGACCCAAGUGAGAUACCGCCCGCGCAACCGGAUGCUGAGCUCGCGUAAUGUAAGAUGUAAGUCCUAACGAGAGGCAGAAGAAGGAAGAGACUACUACUCGUUUGACUGCUACUUCGUUUUAUCACACACCGCCAUCCAUUUUCGUACCUCGCGCCCGCAACAGCCGUCGCCGUUCUCGUUGCAACUCUGAUUAUUAUUUAUCGUUAGAACUCGAUAUCGCUGUGGAGUUAUAUACGUUACUGUCGUUAUUAACAUAGUCGCGUUACGUUGUCUCGUUAAUUAUAUUCUGUUAUGCGUUUCGCAUUGCCGAAAGUCACUAUAUAUAUUAAUACACGAAUUACAGAAGCAAACAGGCAUGUACACACAUACACAGAGCACACACACGCACACACACAUACACGCUCACGUACACAUGUACAAGAAACGUACAUACUUACAUGUACACGCAGUCGUAUAGGUAUUAUAGCUGGCAUUAAUCGACAUCCUCCUUUGUCGCUGACCGAUCUUGUAAAGUGACGCAUCUGGCAUGAUUAUAAAUAUAUAUACAGAUAUAAAUAUAUAAAUAUAUAUAUAAAUAUAUAUAGAUAUAUAUUAUAAAUAAACUAUAAAUAUAUUAUAUAUUGACUAUAUGUAAGGAUAAGCGAGCAACAUUUAUCUCUCGGGAUAAAAACCACCUAUAGAAUGUGUCGAGACAUUUAAGAUGAUGCACAGGGUAUAGAUGAGAAAAAAAUCGUUGAUAUAUAUAACUGAUGUCUAUAUUAUUAUAUAUAGAUGUUUCUUUCGUUCCAUCAUCGGCCUCAAACACACUCUACAAACACAUACACACGUGCGUGCGCGUACACACACACACACACACACACACACACGAGCCAUGAGUAGACACGCGAUCGAAAUAUUGUAGUAGAUGUUUCUCAAAGAUCCACAAUCCGAUUUCGGGCGACGGCCGAAAAUAAUAGGUGUCAUCGGUGCGUUAGUCAUGCAAUUGCAACGUUCAUCGACAUGCUCGCGAUGAUGAAAGAAUGAGGAUUGUAUACACGUACACACAUAAUACAUACACACAUACAUACAUGCAUACACUCACCCCGCCGUCGCGGCUACCGCGCGGCCCGCCAUCACACUACUAAUUAAUUGACUCUUCGAUUAAUCAAAUCAACUAUAUAUAAACUGAUUGUAAAUUGAUCGCUCUAAGGAGACUCUACUAUUAAGUAUAAAUAUAUAUUAUACAGAUAUAAAAGGUGGAUUCGCUGUUGAACGUGUCGAAUAAACAGAGCAAAAAGAAAAAAAGAAAAAAGAGAUUAAACAAAGGUCCCAGGAGUUAAGAGUAAGCGAGUAAGAGAGCUUGGGUCGGAUCGCCGGCCUCCGACAUAUUUUUUAAUCGCUUCGAACCUCUAUUAUUCUACCUACUUAAUUAAUUAAACGUAAACGGUGUAUCUACGUGUGCGCCUGGGCGAUCGCGGCCGAUCCCCGCUCGUCCUUCCUCCUUCUUCUCCUUCCCCCGCACCCCGUUGAGGGGCGGAUCGGCCGGAUCGCCCGGACCGUCGAGAUGUGUUCUGUAUCGAAUUAACGAAAUGUACUUCUCGAAUAUUCAUCGCUCCUACGAAUAUCGCGGGACGAGGAAGGGUGACGGAUGCACGACGAUACUUUGGAAAAACGAGCGAAACGAGAGGAGAAGGACGUGUUCCGCUCCUCGCGGGAAAACCCUGACCGAAACCCUGACGAAGGCCCACGCAGAUUCCCCAACGGACCGUUGUGUAUCGGGUGCUCAGUGUGUGGAUACCCGAGUAUCCCGCAAUAUGUAAAUCUGUAUGUCUCUCUCUGCCCGUAUUACCGCUACGAUAUUUUAUGUGAAGAUAAAUUGUUACGCAAAUACAUUACUGAUAUAACACCGAAA